CGCAGCCGGCAGGGCCGCCCCCUCGAGAUGGAGUGGGGUGGACGGUGACGGUGGCGGGCGCCGGCGCCAGCCAGCAGGGUGACCUGGAGAUGCGGCUCUCGUUCCCCGGCGACGACAAGGACCCCUUGCUCAGUGCCAAGGACCAGCCGGAGGCCCAGGGCGCCAAGAGGCGCAACGCGCGCAGCCAGGCGUCCAACAUGUCGGCGCCGCCGCCGGGGCGGUGGUCGCUCACCAUCAGAAACCAACUGCCAGGGGACGGAGAUCCAGGGCAGAGAGGGGUGUCCGUCUCGAUGACGCCCGCCACGCCUCAGGAGAACCGGCCGAACGACGUCAAGAGGUCCGGCCGGGCCGCCACGUCAGACAAGUCUCGCAGACCGCUGUCUCUCAUCUGGCCGCGCCUGCACCAGGAGAUCAACUCGGUCGCCGCCCACGAGGUCUCGGAGGCGGAGACGGUGCUCAGCGUGACGGGGGCGGCGAUCCAGCGCCGGUCGCGUCUCCUCGCGCAUCGCCGGUGAUCGUGAUCCGGCGGGUGACGCCGUCGCCGUCGCCCAGCGCGUCGCCCGGCGCGUCGCCC